AUGGGUAGCUUCGUAGACCUGGACGGCGGCGGCGAGCUGCCGUCAAAAGGUUUGCCGUUCUAUAGCUAUGUCGCCUUCCAAGAUGUCCUUGCUGGCCCGUCUCACCUUCACUCUCCAUCCCACGCACAGUUUCAAGCUGAGAACGCGACGACGACGAUCCUGACUACGGCCGAACUUUUCAAUGCUUCCAAAGUCAUGGAAAUCACCAACAUUGUCCGCGCCUCGGUCGCGGCAUCGCUGCUGUGCCUCGUUGUCCUGAGACCGCUUCUUCGCAGGAGACCCGCGUGGUGCUCUGGCUUUGCCCAGGAGUCCUCCUACGGGGAUGCAGUACAUCCAUCUCUGAAGAAGCCUUGGACAUUCUGGACAGUCUAUCUAUUCGCGGUUGCGCUAGCCGGACUGGUUCAGGGUGUUUCGUCUACUCUCGCGCAUCGCCGCCUUUUUGACUUGCUGGACUUGGUCCCCUGGUUCAUCGCCGCUUUAAUCACCGCCGUGGACCGGCCUACUAAGACGCCCAAGACGCUGUUGUUUCUCUACCUUACUACAUUGGCUUGCGGCAUUGUCUCGACGGCAUUCAGUUACAGACUUCACAAAAUAGUCCACACGCUCGUCCUCGCAGACCCGUCCAUCAGCCUGGUUGGCAUCAUUGGUAUUGUAGCGAUGCCGAUGCGGGACCCGUCACUCGGCGACUCUGACAUUGCGCGCACCGAACCCACCGACCAGCUUCGCAGUCCCGAAGACAACCUCUCUCUGUGGAGAUUCAUGACCGUGUCAUGGAUGGCGCCCAUGAUUUCAAAGGGCUACGAGAAGCAGCUGCACAACGAGGACGUAUGGCAACUGCCAUUCGAUUUCCAGCAUGAGCGCCUCCACGGGCUGUUUCACGAGCUUCGCGGGACCAUGACCGCCAAGCUGUUCCUAGCAAACGGCCUGGACUUGAUUAUCCAGACGCUCCUGGGUAUCGUUGAAUGCGCCGCAGCACUCUCCGUCCCGAUGUUACUGCAGCAGCUCUUGCGGGCCAUCCAGAGCGGGUCCAAGAAUAUUGAGGUGUCUAUCCUCUACUCCAUUGGCAUCUUGGCUGUUCGUCUCAUUGCCUGCCAGGCUGCCGUGUUCCAACUCUGGUUCUCGAGGCGCUGCUAUGAGCGGUCUCGCGGAGAGAUGAUUACAACACUUUACGCCAAGACUCUGUCGCGAAAGCACUUUGGCCAACCAGCUGCCGAGAAGAUGUUAGAUGGAUCCCAGGAAGACGGAAACGACGAGAGCGACGACGAUGACGAAGAGACAGAAGUUGCUACCGAUGACAACGAAAGUGGCAGCGAGACUACCAGCCGUUUUGGAAAGCUCUUCGGUUGGUUCAAACGUGGGCGAUCAACAAAUCAAAAGUACCGCCGGGUGCAAGAUCAAAAACCAUCCAGGCAGCCCGCCACCACUGGAAAGAUUCUCAAUCUGAUGAGAAAUGACGUUUACGAAGUUGCCCAGCGCUUUUGGGAGUUCCCGGCCCUGGUCGUGAAGCCGCUCCAGUUCAUCUUCUCCUUCUUCCUCGUCUGGCAGCUUCUUGGCUGGUCGUGCAUGUUUGGCAUGUUCUGCGUCGUGCUUGCCCAGAUGCUCAACACUAUAUUCAUCACCCAACUUCUCAGGAAGGAGCGCGUUCGCAGAGCCGCCACUGAUGCUCGGUUGCAGUCGACGUCGCAGUUCGUCGAAGGGAUUAGGCACUUGCGAUGGUACGACUGGCAAUCAAAGUGGUUGGACGCUAUCAUGGUCACUCGAAGACACGAGCUCAGGACCAGGGUUAUCACCGGCCUAUGGAGUAUCGCGAUUUCCACACUCAACAUUACCUCUGGCACUCUUUUUCCUGUUGCGACCUUUUUUGCCUACACGUUCAUUGCUGGAAAGACUCUGUCCGUUGAUGUGGCCUUCCCCGCUCUGUCGCUGUUCACUUUGCUAGAGACCAGCUUCAAGGAACUGCCGGGGCUUAUCACUGUUGUCCUGAACGCAUCUAUUGCCAUGGGCCGUAUCGAGGAGUUCAUGGGCGAGCCUGACAAGGACGGCGUGUUUUCCGACCAUCUCACAAACGAUAUCAAAUUUACAAAAGCUACGUUUUCGUGGCCUGGAUACGAGCAACCCGUGCUCAGAAACCUGGACAUCAGCUUUCCGCAGGGUCUCACAGUCAUCUUUGGCAAAGUCGGUUCCGGCAAGACUGCAUUGCUCCAAGCAAUCCUUGGAGAACUUGACCGGCAAAUAGGCGACGUUAUUAUCCCAACAGAGCCCAUCGGAUACUGUGCUCAAAGCCCCUGGCUUCAACACAUGAGCAUCCGCGACAACAUCCUCUUCUCAGCACCCUUUGAUUCUGUGAGGUAUACCCAGACUCUCGAUGCGUGUGCCCUACUUCCCGACCUGGCUACCUUUAAGCAUGGAGACUUGUCCGACAUGGGCGAGAAUGGAAUCGGUCUGUCGGGUGGACAAAGAGCGCGUGUGGCGUUGGCACGCGCCGUGUACAGCCAGUCUCGCGUGCUCUUGCUGGACGACCCUCUCGCUGCUCUGGACCACAAUACAGCUGAAUCCAUCGUGAAGAAGCUCUUCCAGGGUCCGCUGGUAGAAGGCCGGACCGUGGUGCUCGUCACUCAUAGAGUAGACUUGUGUCUUCAUCUCGCUGGCCAGAUGGUCGAAGUUGUCGACGGCACCGCUCGCGUUUUGAACUCGGAAGAAGCAUCGGCAGAAGUCGCCAAGUUCCUCCUGGAAGACGAGGAUCCGGCGGCUCACCAGGACGAGCACGAGCACACCCUCGACGAAAGCCAGCAAGACGCCGCCAUACCAUCCAAGUUCAUCGAAGAAGAGCACCGUGCUCAUGGCGGCGUCAUGCUGUCGGUUUACUGGACCUAUAUCAAGGCUGGUAAGCUCAAGUGGUGGGCUGUGUUAGUCUUGGUAUUUGCAUUGUUUAGACUGGGCAGCCUUCUCAACUACUGGUUCCUCAAGGCAUGGGGUGAGGCAUACAAGCACGAGACAUCGACGAAGGGAGCUUCCGACGGUAUCGACUUUUCCAAGCUCUUUGCUGGACUCCCGGACCCAGAUACCGAUCUGAGGCCCUGGUUGUGGGUUUAUCUCGGGAUCGCCGUUGCACAGGCUAUGAUUUACACGCUGUCGGAAGGACUCACUUUGCUCAUGAUCAUCACUGCGGCAAGAGAUCUCUUUAAGAGAGUCAUCAACAAAGUCGGCCGAGCAACUUUCCGCUUCUACGACGUUACGCCGGUAGGACGCUUGAUGAACCGCCUUGUCUCCGACAUUGGCAUGAUCGACGGAGGCAUUAUGAGACCCCUGCGCGAAGUUGCCGUGCAGUCCAUCACAUGGUUCUCCAGCAUGAUUGUCAUUGCCUCAGUCACCCCGCUCUUUCUGCUCUUCUCGGUUGGCAUGACGCUAUGGUUCAUCUACAUCUUCAUGCGGUUCCUGCCUACCUCCCAGAGCCUGCGAAGACUGGAAAUGGUCUCACUCAGCCCUCUCAUGUCCAACUUUGGUAUUCUGCUCGAUGGACUCGCGACCAUCCGCGCCUUCAAAGCCCAGCACCACUUCCAAAACAUGAAUAUUGUCGUCACGGAUGCCUUCCAGAAGAUGGAUCACUUCUACUGGAGUCUCCAGGCCUGGCUCAUGUACAGAUUCGAUGCCCUCUCCGCCUUCUGCACAUUUGCGCUUACACUUCUCGCGCUGUACAAGGGUCUCUCCCCUGGUCUGACCGCCUUCGUAUUGACGACCGCGUCCGCAUUUGUCGAGGCGACACAUAACCUCUGCAAGCAGUAUGGUACCUUGCAGAUGGACUUCGUUUCAGUCGAGCGCGUGAUUGAGCUUCUGGACAUCCCCGAGGAGCCUUGCGGCGAACUGACGCCCCCAAUCAGCUGGCCUCACCACUCGGACGACGUCAUCUUCGACAACGUUACCUUAAGGUACGCUCCUCACUUGGAUCCUUCCAUCUCGGAAGCCACUUUUACCAUCCCCGGGGGUUCCACUUGCGCGGUGCUCGGCAGGACGGGGUCUGGUAAGUCCACCCUAGCUCUCGCCCUCCUUGCGACAAUCCACCCAUCGGAGGGCGCCAUCCGCGUCGGGAACUACAAGCUAUCAGAUGUGGACGUCCACGUAUGGCGGCAGCGCGUCAGCUUCGUAGCACAAGAUCCCGUGCUCUUUCCUGGGACGCUGAGAGACAACCUCGAUCCUUUGCACCAGUAUACCGAUACCGAGUGCGUGGUCGUCCUUCACCGGGUCUUGGGCACCGGCUGGGACCUGUAUUCCCACGUCGAGGGCGGCGGGAAGAACCUGAGUCAGGGACAGCGGCAGCUCAUCGGGAUCGGCCGGGCCGUCCUCCGAAGGAGCCCUAUUGUGGUGUUGGACGAGGCUACUGCGUCAAUUGAUAAGGAGACGGCUGCCAGAGUGCAGGAGGUUCUGAGGAAUGAGUUGACUACGAGCACCGUCAUCACGAUUGCUCACCGGCUCGAGGCCGUCCAGGACGCCAACUACUUUAUCCGCCUGGACAAGGGGAAGGUUGUGGAGCAUGGCCCGACGCAGGGGAUUCAUCAGUAA